AUGAUGCAACAAACUAUGAACCAAAUGAUGCUGCACCAGAAACAAAUUAUAGAGGCUCUUGGGAAUAAGAGAGAAGAGGGACAGCUACCUAGUCAGCCCAUAGAAAAUCCAGGGAACCACCCAACAAUAGGAUUUCAGCAAGGGGAGUCUAGUAGCAUGAAUCUAGGAAAAAACCCACGAAAUGAAAAUGUUAGGACAGUGAAUGCAUUAAGGAGUGGUAAGAUCUUAGCUGAUCCUUAUCCCCAAACAUUAGAAGAAAAAGAAAACGUGGACAACCCAAAACAAAAUCAAAUAGGAGUAGAAGAGGAUUUUAUAGAUUCUACCAAGGAAAUUUCGAAAGAGAGGACAACCAUUCCAUUUCCUAAAGCUCUAGAACCUAGACAAAGAAAGAAAAAGGAACACAAUGAAGAAAUAAAGAAAAUUUUACAAGAUGUGCAAAUUAGUCUUCCUUUACUUACUGCCAUUGAACAUAUUCCUGAAUAUGCUAGAGUUUUGAAAGAAAUGUGUACACCAAAAAGGGCACCUAGAGUAGAAAAAUUAUCUAUGCAUGCUAGUGCAUUAUUAUUAAAUCAAUUACCAUAUAAAUUGAGAGAUACAGGUGCCCCUUUGAUUUCGUGUGAUAUUGGUGGAUUCAUUUUUCAGAAUGCAUUACUUGACACCGGUGCUAGCAUUAAUUUAUUACCUGCAAGUAUUUGUGAUAAAUUUAAUAUUUCUGAUCUUAAACCUUCUACUGUUACCUUAAAAUUUGCUGAUAGAUCCAUAAAACAUCCUAAAGGUAUUUUAGAAAAUGUGAUAGUGACAGUUAAAGGGUGUAAAUUUCCAGCUGAUUUCGUAGUACUGGAAAUGGAUUUUAAUGGACAGUUUUAUGAUACACCAAUCAUCUUAGGGAGACCAUUUUUGCACACAGCAAAGAUGAAUAUUGAUUUUCCCACAGGUAUUGCGAAAAUUUCAUGUGAAGAUCAAUCAGUAGAAAUUAAAAUUUUUGAGAUAUCAAAUGAUAUUAAGAAAUCCCAAGUAUAUGAUUGUCAUACCAUAGAUCUUCUAGAUGAUUUUGAUGAUCCAGAUGUUAUUGAUGACUGUGUGCUGAAAGAAUUAGAGGAAAUAGAGAAUAUAAAUUUAGAAGAAAAGAAAGAGGAAGAUCAUCUGAAUUUAGAGUUGAAACCUCUUCCCUCUAGUUUAAAAUAUAUGUUUUUGGAGGAAAAUAAUUCAUUUCCUGUUAUUAUUGCAGCUGAUUUGAGUGAUGAACAGGAAGAAGAAUUAUUAGAUGUACUUCGAAAAAAUAAGAAAGCUAUGGGCUGGAAAAUGGACGAUCUAAGGGGCAUUGAUAUGAGUGUAUGCAUGCAUAGUAUAUAUUUAGAGGAGGGGGCUAGAACUAGUAGGGAACCACAACGAAGAUUAAAUCCUAACAUGAUGGAAAUUGUAAAAAAGGAAAUUUUAAAGUGGCUGGCUGCUGAUAUUAUUUAUUCUAUUUCAGAUAGCAAAUGGGUUAGUCCUACACAAGUAGUGCCAAAAAAAUCAGGGAUUACGGUUAUAAAAAACGAAAAUGGGGAUGAAAUACAAACAAGACUAACUACCGGUUGGAGAGUUUGCAUUGAUUAUAGAAAAUUAAAUUCAGUUACUAGAAAAGAUCAUUUUCCCCUACCAUUUACUGAUCAAAUUCUAGAAAAAUUAGCUGGAAAAAACUUUUUUUGUUUUCUGGAUGGAUACUCUGGUUAUAAUCAAAUUUAUAUAAACCCUUUAGAUCAAGAAAAAACAACUUUCACUUGUCCAUUUGGUACUUUUGCUUUUAAACGCAUGCCUUUUGGUCUGUGUAAUGCUCCAGCCACAUUUCAAAGAUGUAUGCUGUCUAUUUUUUCUGAUAUGAUUGGAAAAUGCAUGGAAAUUUUUAUGGACGAUUUUUCUGUUUUUGGCGAAUCAUUUGAUGAAUGCUUAAAUCAUUUACAGCAUGUACUUGAGAAAUGCAUAGAGAAAAAAUUAGUUUUGAGUUGGGAGAAAUCACAUUUUAUGGUUAAAGAGGGAGUUGUGUUGGGUCAUAUUGUGAGUAAAAGGGGUUUAGAGGUGGAUAGAGCAAAAAUUGAUAUUAUAUCUAAAAUGAAACCUCCAAAUUCAGUAAAACAGAUUAGAUCUUUCUUGGGUCAUGCAGGCUAUUACAGAAAAUUUAUUCAAGAUUUUUCGAAGAUUUCUAAACCUCUCACCAUGCUAUUAUCUAAAGAUAUGCCUUUUAAUUUUGAUGAGAAAUGUUUUGAGUCUUUUUCCGUAAUAAAAAGAUUACUUACUGAGGCACCCAUUUUACAAGCUCCUGAUUGGUCCCUUCCCUUUGAAAUAAUGUGUGAUGCAUCGAAUUAUGCAGUGGGGGCCGUUCUAGGACAAACAAAAGAGUCAAAACCCAUAGUAAUUUCAUAUGCUAGUAAAACUAUAUCCGAUGCUCAAUUAAAUUAUACCACGACUGAAAAAUAGUUGUUAGCUGUAGUAUUUUCGUUAGAAAGGUUUAGAUCAUAUAUUUUGGGAGCUAAAAUUAUUAUUUAUACUGAUCAUGCAGCAUUAAAAUAUCUGUUAAAUAAGAAAGAUGCAAAGCCACGUUUAUUAAGAUGGAUUUUAUUGUUGCAGGAAUGA